AGUUUUGCUCAGUCUUUAUAAAACUCCCUGAACGAUGCUACUGGGAAUAAUAUUUUCGCUGUUAACUUUAAAAGCGUCGGCCAGCCAAGUUGCAAGGCAAGUGUGUUCUUUAUACACGAUAUGUAACAAUGUUGAAUCGAUUGAUUCGCAAUUGUAUCCAAUUCGUGUGGAGCAAGAGCGCCAAGCAAACAUUUUGGAAGACUUGGACAACAAAAUUAACACUUUUCUAAAUAGAGUCGAUCUGUUACCCACCAGCUGUUAUGAAGCUUUGGGGGGCUCACAAAACAGUUCCAUUCGUACGAUACAUGUGCCGGAGUACAGCGAAAAACCCUUUGAAGUGGCUUGCGAUCAGUACAGAAUGGGAGGAGGUUGGACUAUUAUUUUGCGCCGAAGGGAUGGAAGUGAAGACUUUUACCGCGAAUGGAAUGAUUACAAGCAUGGAUUUGGCAGUGUGAACAAUGAGUACUUCUUGGGUUUGGACAAACUGUAUGCUAUGACCAAUUAUCAGCAGCAGGAACUGUUGAUUGUUAUGGAAACUCCGCAGGGAAAGCAGGCCUAUCAGUUGUACGAUAACUUUAGAAUUGGCUCAGAGAGCAAUUAUUAUACCUUGGAAACCGUGGGAACUGCAUCUGGAAGCACCGGCGACUCACUUACAUAUCAUAUGGGCAUGAAGUUUUCCACUAAAGAUCGUAAAAACGACUUAGAUACCAAGCGGCAUUGUGCGCAACAUUUUACAGGCGCUUGGUGGUACAGAACAUGCCACGAAUGCAAUCUAGCUGGGAAAUACGGCGAUAAUACAUAUGGAAAGGGCUUGGUCUGGGGAUCUUUUAAUGGAGAUACAAACUCUUUGAGGCGUGCAACAAUGAUGAUCCGACCGAAAACUAAUUAAAUAAAAUGUUUACUAAGUUUAUAAAGCUUAAAUCUAAGUUGUAAACAAGUAAAUAAGUAUUAAAGUCAUUGAAAA